GAUGCGCGCGAAACCCAGACACUCUUCGUCUCUCGUUCCUUCUAGGUCUCUCACACACCGAAACUCUCGUCCAUCGCUAGGUCUCUCAUUCAAUCUCUCGCUCAUUCUAUCGCACAGUCUCUCGCGACAAAAUCUUUCUCACUUCGUCGUCUUGCACGUUGUUUACGGUUUGUAUCUCUCUUGCGAUUUGAGAUUUAUUUCUCUGUUAAGUUGUUUGUUCUCCCUUGAUGUUGUGUUUUGUUUCUCUUGAUGUUGCACUGUGAUUUGUUGAGAAUUGUUGGUGUAGGGUACUUCCAGACUUCUAGAUAGGUUGGUAAAUGGCAUUCAUUUGAUUUUCUGUUUGUUAACUACUGCCAUUAUUUUUUGAAUCCUAAGUCACUUUCGUAGAAUAAAGAAUUUGUUAAAAUUGCAUUUAUAGAAUUGCAUUUAUAGAUGUAUUUACUUCAAUAUUUGCAGUGUUGAAGUCUAGCUUGAGACGUAACUAUGAUAUUCAAUUGCAAUAUUAUUUAGCAAUGUUAGAGGAAUAUUUACUGAGUUGAAAGGUCAGUAUUUGGGCAUUCAAAAAAAAAGGAAGUCUAUUUGGGUAGUAUUAUUUUUUGUGCAUGAAGGUACUUGUGAGCAUGCUGUGUUUAUGUUGUUCAAUACUCUAAGUUGAUCUUAGAAGGCAAUGCAGCUUUAAUAACAACAGACCCAUGUAGGACAUAUGAGAGUGAUUUUAUUUACAUUACUCUGGUGCAUGACAAGUUAUUAACGCCAAAAGGUUGUUGCUUCUGUUACUGGGUCCUCCGGCCUAUAUGUUUUCACAAGGGGCCUUCAGAAGCUAAUGGCUAGGUUGCUAUUCUGUAGGUGAUCACCACCCGAUUCAGUUUUCUCCAAGAGUGACAGCAAAUCUUUAGUAUUUAUAUGUUGAACAUUAGAUAUCAUGUAGCCUAUUGUGUGUUAAUUGUGCAAUGUUAUUUAGUGUGUGUUCUGUCUUGGAUGUUGAAUUUCUUCUCCUUAUCCUAUUGUCUGUGCAUUGUGCAAUGUUAUUUAGUGAGUGCUCUGUCUAUGGCAUUACUGAACUAUUGUGUACUCUAAGAGAAAGUGUCAAUUGCAUUACUACAAUAUCGAUUAGCUUGCAUUAGAGGAGAUGGCUAGUGAUCAAUUGACGAACCGUGGCCAUACUACAUUCGGUUGAGGUCAUGUCUCUCGACGCAGUAGACCCAUCAUAGGGAAUGCGGAAUGUUUACACCCUCAUGCCACAGCCUCCUCGCCCUCCUCUGUGAAUUCUGUUCAACAAACCAUUCAAGAUCUUCCUACUUUAUCAUCUCCCAGUCACCUCACUCCUGAUACGCUGACAGGGGGUCCAUCUAGCCCCCAUAUCCCACAUCACCCAACACGCAAGGCCCACCACUGGACACACAGGGUGCCAAUGGCUCUUCGUGCCAGAAUAUUGGGGUUGUGCCUCCUCAUAAUAGCCUUAUCUUGAUACAACCUAUUUCAGUUGCUCUUUUUGAUCAUUUUGAUGUUACUCGGAAGAUAAGCGAGAUCAUGAAGUCCAAGUAUGAACGAGCCAUGACAUAAUGGAGUGAUUUUACUCCCGAGGAAAAAGAAGGUUACUUUGAGGAGUUCAAGAUAAGUAUAAAAUAGUAAAUUUACAUGGGACCCUGCUCAUAAUGUUGCAAUAAAGAAACUGUGAAAUAAGAAGAGUGGAGAAUUAUUUUGGGGCAUGAUACAUAGGGCACGAGAAAACCCCACCAAAGCUGUCUUGAUCCCUACUGCAGUCCUUUUUGAACUUCGUCGUAUUUGGGAUGGGCCAGAGUACAAGAAGAAAAGGGAACAGGGGAACAAAAAUCUAGCAUAUAAGGAUAGUUGUUCUCACACUGGUGGCUCUAUUCCUUACAUGGAGUACCGUAAGAGAAUGAAGGUGGAACUUGGCCGGAAUCCCACCAAGGCAGAGGUGUUUGUUCGCACUCAUCAAAAAAAGAGUACGCAACAAUUAGUCGAUGAACGAGCAACAACUACAUUUGAAAAAUUUAACAAGCUGAAGGAGGACAUUCUGACACAGCGAUCAAUCUCCUCCACCAGUGAGUCACCUCUUGAGCCGUUGGAUGAGGAUCCUUUAUUCCUUACGGUGACUGGUGGGAAGAAUAAGAAAAAUCGCAUCUAUGAGCUUGGAUCUGAGGCAAGCUUUUUUGCCUAGUUCUUCAUCUUGCUCUAGUGGACAUUCCAGAGUAUACUCAGGCGAAGUUGGAGCAAGAGUUGGUGGAGCGCAUCGCUCGGAUGAACUCUAAGUUAUUGGUUGAGGUCGGUGACUUGCGACAGCGAAUGCAGGAUCAAGAGCGGAUGGAGCAGUAAUUAUUUUCUCAGAUACAGAUGCGAUCCCCCAAAAACAACCCUGAAGAUGAUCAUGCUUCACAUGGACACAUUUUUUAUGAAGAUUAGAUUGUAUUUCAUAAAAAUACUGACCCACUUAUGUAUAAUAUUAAUUUUUAUUACA